AUGAAAGGCAACCACACAUGGGUCACAGACUUCAUCCUGGUGGGACUCCAGCUCAGUGCAGGCAUGGAGAUGUUGCUUUUCUGGAUCUUCUCCCUGUUGUACAUCCUUAGCAUGCUUGCCAAUGGCAUAAUCUUGGGGCUCAUCUGUGUGGACCAGAGGCUGCACACCCCGAUGUACUUCUUUCUUUCACACCUGGCCAUCCUCGACAUGUCUUAUGCUUCCAACAACGUCCCCAAGAUGCUGGCCAACUUGGUCAACCAGAAAAAAAACAUCACAUUUGGUCCAUGCAUCACACAGACAUUCCUGUACUUGGCCUUUGCUGCUUCAGAGUGCUUGAUUUUGGCAGCCAUGUCCUAUGAUAGGUUCGUGGCCAUCUGCCACCCCCUACACUAUACUGUCAUCAUGAGUUGGAAAGUAUGCGUGGCUCUGGCUGCCACUUCCUGGUCAUGUGGAUUUAUCCUCUCUCUGGUUCACACAGUUCUUCUGCUCAGGCUGCCCUUCUGUGGGCCCUGGGAGGUGAACCACCUCUUUUGUGAAAUCCUAGCUGUUCUCAAGCUGGCUUGUGCUGACACCUUGAUCAACCAACUUGUCAUCCUUGCUGCAUGCAUUUUUGUCUUAGUUGGGCCCCUUUGCUCAAUGCUUGUCUCUUACACACACAUCCUCCGGGCAGUCCUAAGGAUGCAGUCAAAGGAGGGACGCAGGAAGGCCUUCUCCACCUGCUCUUCCCAUCUCUGUGUGGUGGGGCUCUUCUUUGGAAUAGCCAUGUUGGUUUAUAUGGUCCCUGAUUCUGAUCAGCGAGAGGAGCAGGAGAAAAUUUUGUCACUGUUCCACAGUCUAUUUAACCCACUGCUGAAUCCUCUCAUCUACAGCCUGAGGAAUGCCCAGAUGAAAGAAGCCUUCCACAGAGCACUGCAGAAGAAGAGAUCUGUUUGA